AUGUUCGAAGAGAGCUGCCAGGAGACGAAGGAGCAGGGGGGUGCCGAUUGGCUCCAGACGCCGGGGCCCGCCCCGGCCCCUGGCGAGGCGCCGUCCUUCACAGACGAGGCCGUGAGCAUCCUGACGUCCACGCGCCUGCUGGCCCAAUCGCUGCUGGGCCCCCACCACGGCAUGGAGGGCCUGGAGCCCGCCGGCUCCAUCACCUCCACCACCGCGGAGGAGGAGGCCAGCGUUCACCGGCGCAGGCGUGAGUUCACCCCGGCGGCGCUGAAGGACCCGGGGUACUGGGACCGGCGGCGGAAGAACAACGAGGCGGCGCGGCGGUCGCGGGAGAAGCGGCGGCUGGGCGACGCGGCGCUGGAGGGCCACGUGGACGCGCUGCUGCGGGAGAACGCCCGGCUGCGCGCCGAGCUGCUCGCCCUCAGGUUCCGCUUCGGCCUCGUCAGGGAACCUUCCGGAAGCGUCCCCGCCAACCCCGUCCCCGCCACCCCCGCCCCCGAUCCGUCCCCGACCGCUCCCCUGUUCGGCUUCGGCCACCCUGAGGGGGAAUACCACCACCCCCACAACCACCACCACCACCACCACCACCCCCUUCAUCACCACCCCCUGCCUGUCCAGGGGUGUCCGUGCGGGGGGAGGCGGGGGGACGGCGGCAGCCUCUCGGAGGACUCCUGGUUCCCCGCCCCGGGCAGGUCCGGCGCGGGGAGUCCGGUCUACUUCGGCGAGCACGGUAGGCCCAGGCCGGAGUCGCACCCCUGCCCCGUGGAGGAGCAGACCCCGGGCGGGACCGGACUCAGGGGGGACCCGGCGGAGGGCCUGAAGAGCUUGCCUCACAAACUGCGCUUUAAGAGCCUGGUGGGGCGGGACGGCGGCAGUGCUCCGGGGGGGAGCAGGAGGCAGAGCCCCACGGGUGCCCCCGGGGCCAGGGGCGCCAGGCUGGGACACUGGCCCUCAGGAGGGCCGGCGGAGGAGGGGCCACAGGCAGGCGAGGAGCCGCAGAGCCAGGCCGAGAACGCCGUCCUCCACUCAGAGCUCAGCUCCCUCAGCCGCGAGGUGGCCGAGCUGAAACGGCUGUUCUCCCAGCAGCUGAACCACGGAAACAUCUAA